GGCGUUCGGUCUGGACAGCUCUGUGAAGGCGAUGUAGGGGUCCUGACGUCUACAGCAUUUCAUUUCAACAUGGCGGCGAACAGCGGUAGCGGCACGGGGAGUAAAAGCGGUGGAGGAAAGCAGUCUGGUCCUUCUGCCGAGCAAGUCGUGGCAACGUUCCAGAGGAUGCGGCAGGAGCAGCGCAGCAUGGCCUCAAAAGCUGCUGAACUGGAGAUGGAGAGCAAUGAACACAGCCUCGUCAUCGACACGCUGAAGGAAGUCGACCCAUCUCGGAAGUGCUAUCGUUUAGUCGGGGGUGUUUUGGUGGAGAGGACUGUAAAGGAAGUGCUGCCUGCGCUGGAGAACAAUAAAGAACAGAUAUCAAAGUUAGUCAUGUCACUCAACACACAGAUGCAGACGAAAGGGCGGGAGCUGACUGAGUAUCGGGAACGUUACAACAUCCGCCUGGUGGGCGAAGACGACAAACAGGGCAAAGGAAAUGCGGCUCAGGGCAAAGAAAGCGAAGAAGGAGGAUCUAAAAGCGGAGCUGGAGUUCUUGUUUCUUAGUCAGUUUAGCUUUUCACAUAAACCUAUAAUUUAAUUGUGUAAGGUUUGAGAGCCUGAAUAUUGUGAAGAUGACAAAUUUACAAGUGAAUUUUGUAUAUUCAUAAUAUUGAGACGGUCUCUAAACUUUUCCUCUGAACAAUGAACAGCACAGCUGAUGGAGAAUAUUCUUACAGUUAUACAGCAGAGACAGUAACUUUACAUUUAUGGGUUUAUUUGUGAGUGUAGCCGUGACCAUUAAUCCCUAAUCUCUCCUCGCCCCAGGAUUUUGAACCUUAACAUAGAGUGCUUCAAUUAACAAAAAAGUUUCCUCACCACUUUUUGCUUUGAAAUCGGAACACAGCUCUUCCUGUCAACUUUGAAUAUAUAUAUUUUUUUUUAUGUUUGUCUUGUUUGUUUUGGUUAAUGAAUUAAAAUGCAAACUUGAAUAA